AUGGUAGGUAUGCAGAACCAGAUCGUGUGCCAUGCUUGCCGGACCGUUCUGCUCUACCCGCGAGGCGCGUCCAGCGUCUGCUGCGCGGUUUGCCAGGCCAUCACCACCGUGCCGCCACCAGGACUGGAGAUGGCUCAGCUUAUAUGUGGUGGUUGCCGAACUUUGCUGAUGUAUACUCGCAGUGCAGACACUGUAAGGUGUUCAUGUUGCAACACAGUCAAUCUUGUUAGACCAGUGAAUAAUAUAGCUCAUGUGAACUGCGGCCAGUGCCGGACAACUUUGAUGUAUCCAUAUGGCGCACCUUCAGUAAAAUGUGCCAUAUGCAAUUAUGUCACGACUACUGGAGUAAAUACUGUGGCACCCACUCCAUCUGCGAGGCCAACAUCAAAUGACUCUUCAUAUAGUGGCUCAUCUACUUCUGCUCCUAAAUCUCAACCUCAGAAUGUAACUGUUGUUGUUGAGAACCCUAUGACAGUUGAUGACAAGGGAAAACUUGUCAGCAGCGUUGUAGUUGGAGUCACAGCUGGGAAAGUGUGA